AUGACAGCUUUGUUAAUCUUAAUCGAAAGGGUAAGGAGAUCAGCUAUCCAGUCGAUGUUGAACAGUGUGUCUGCAGAAUGGCAAGCCCACUGGGUUUCAUUAACAUGGUUACCACUAACGUACAGCAGCAACAGAAAGGUAGAAUAUAAGAAAAGAGAGCCAAACAUGACGUUAGUCUAUGACAAAAUGACCCGAACCUAUGCCUCUAGAAGAUAUAUAAAUAAAACUUCUCCUACACUCCAAGAGAUUAACGACAAGUACCCCUUCCUAUUUGAUCCACAACAGGUUUGUAAAUAG